GCCACGUCAUCAUUUCGCCGAUACUCACCAUCCAACAAUAUAAAGAGGGCCACAGAAUAUUGCUUUAUUUUUGAAGUUCACAUCAUAAAAUGGCGCGAAUCUUCAUCACUGGGUCUUCUGACGGUCUCGGCUCUCUGGCUGCGCGAGCGCUGGUCAAGAGAGGCCACUCAGUCGUUCUGCACGCACGCAACGAGCAACGAGCAGAAGAUGCACGAAAAGCGUGUCCCAACGCCGAAACUGUACUGAUUGCCGAUCUGUCGGAUAUUUCCCAGACCAAGAAGCUCGCCGAGGAUGUAAAUGCGCUGGGUGAAUUCGAUGCCGUCAUCCACAACGCCGGCAUAUACACUGGACCAUAUCGAAAGACAACACAAGGCUGGCCAGCAAUCUUUGCCGUCAACACACUGAGUCCAUAUAUUCUCACCUCGUUGAUCCGUCCCACGCCGAAAAGACUCGUCUUCGUCUCGUCGGGCUUGCACAACGGCGGAGAUCCCUCGUGCGAGGAUAUCACCUGGGCUGAACGAGGAGAGAGAGGGUUCAGCGACCAUCGAGCUUACGCUGAUACUAAACUGCACAAUAUCCUGCUGGCUGCCGCCGUCGCUCAUCGAUGGCCAAAUGUCCAGAGCAAUUCUCUCGAUCCAGGUUGGGUGGCAACAAAAAUGGGAGGUUCUUCAGCUCCAGGAGACAUCGGCGCCGCUGUCGAUACUUAUGUUCAGCUUGCAGAUGGUUCCGUCACUGAGACAGGCAAAUAUUGGUUUCAAUGCAAAGUCCGCUCUCCAAAGAAGGAGGCAGACAGUCCAGACGUUCAGCAGAAAUUGUUGGAUCAAUUGGAGGCAAUAACAGGAUUGAAGUUGCCGAGUGGGUGACUUACUUGAAUGAUAUUUAAGUAUUCCACAUGCCCCCCCUCGUCUACUUGAUCGUGAAAGCCAUGUGGGGCUUGAAGAGGUUACAGGAUGCUGACCUGGAUGUCUAUGUUGGGAGUAAUCGGUCGUGCCUGAUUGGCAAUCCAAGAACUAUUCUAUUCGCCAAGGUACUCAGCCGACUGGGAUACGAAGUGACCUUACUCCCCAUCUACUAUAGAUUACAAUACCAUCUAUACUCAUACAACAAUAGCAGUAGAGUACACCAGCAUCAUUCAUCUCACAUUCUCUCGUCCCCAGAUUCAUCCCCGGCA